UUUCAAAUUGUUCAACCAAACACACAAAAUGUUCAGCAAAAUCGUAGCUUUUGGUGCCAUGCUCGCGGCAGCUAACGCCGGUUUUCUCCAUGGAUACGCACCCGCCACUUCUUCCCAAAGCAUCAUCCGCCACGACGUGGGCCACUAUGCCGCCCCUAUUGCUUAUGCUGCUUAUGCUCCGGCCGGCCACUACGACGCACACGAUGAAUAUGCUCACCCCAAAUACAACUUCGCGUACUCAGUAGCCGACCCUCACACCGGCGACCACAAGUCCCAGCACGAGAGCCGCGACGGUGACUCCGUGCACGGCUCUUACUCCCUGGUGCAACCCGACGGUUCCGUCCGUAAGGUUGAAUACUCCGCUGAUGCUCACAACGGUUUCAACGCCAUCGUACACAACUCUGCUCCCGCCUACCAUCAUUACUAAUUUAUACGUUUAAUAUAAUAUAGGUUAUUAUCGAUUAACCUACAUAUACGGAAUAAUUUAUGAAAAUUUGUUUAUUAUCCGUGUUUUGGUAAUCGUGAAUAUAUGUAAAUAAAGUUUAGAUGAUAU